ACGCGUUAAACUCUUCGAUAAUUCUAUCUUUAUAAAUACAACUCAUUAUCAUAUCAUUAGAUAACAAACAUAAAACUGUUACGUAUUAUUAAUUUUUCGCAAAAGUCACAACCAUGGUUUCGACAACAAACCUUGUCGGGGAGACUAGCACCAUCAUCAAGAAAAAGACAGCCGGCAGGAAAAAGAUCGAGAUGAAGAAAAUCGAAAACAACAGUAGUCGCCAAGUAACAUUCUCAAAGCGAAGAACUGGGCUUUUCAAGAAAGCGUCUGAAUUGUGUUUAUUGACUGGAGCCCAGAUAGCGAUUCUCGUUAAAUCUCCAGGUGGGCGUAUGUAUUCGUUUGGUUACCCGCAUGUGGAUAUCGUCCUUGAUAAUCACCUUAAUAACAGCAGUAACCAAGACGUGAUUGCUGAAUCAGAAACACAAGCAACCCAGAAAACAUAUCGAACAACGUUGCCUGUGAACAAUUUUCAUCAAGAUUACGGGUACGAUGAGCAUAUUGACGGGAUGAAUGCGAUAGAGUUGGAACAGUAUAUGUGUUAUCUGACAGAAUUGAAAAACAAAGUCGUAAGCAGAGCCAAUGCACUUGUAAGGAUCAACGAAACUUCAGCAUUAUUGGGCUCAAAUACGGGACAGAAUGAUGACAUUCAGAUGGAGAGAUUAAGUUUAGAUUAAGCGAUCAAUUAGCUUUGGCAUCAAGCUAUUCAAAGUAGUUGUUAACUUGUUAUAUGUUUUUAAGUUUUAGUAAAUAUUCUCUAAUAUAGGUAUUCUAUCGUUUUGUUACAGAUUUGAAAUAUUAGAGUAGGUACCUAAUG